ACCAGCAACGUGCAGUCUUCGAACAACAACUCCGCUGGUGCAACUCCAUUGUAUUGGAUUUACUCGCUACAUCGGAGAGGAGUAAGCCAUGAAGAUGGAUGCCAAAGAUGAAAAUAUGAAACUGAAGGAGAUGCGUGAGAAAAUGGAGGAGCUGGAGCACAGUCUAAACCAGCAGAGGGACCGCAAUGCUAAACUAAACGACUGGCUGGAUGUAGCAGAGGAUGAUAUAGCAAUGCUGCGUCCAGAGAACAUCCUCCUCAGGAAACGAGUGAAAGACCUGGAGAAGAGCAACAGUGAAGUCCAGCUGGUGGAAGCAGAGCCUUGCAGGUCCCUCCUGGAUGAUGAACUCUACGCUCAGAGAUGGAGUGAAAACAAGAUUCAAAAAUUGGAGAAGGAGUCAGCCAUUAUGAAGGAACAGAACAAGAAGCUAACUGAAGAGAAAAACUUGCAGUUAAAGUACUCAGAGGAAUUGAAAGAAGAGUACUUCAACAUCAUAGAGUGUCUCCGGCAGAAGAACCAGGAGCUGGGAGAGCAGCUGGAGGACAGACGGGACACAGCCUCACUCACCAUUGUGAAUGACCUGAUGGAGAAAAAGGAGGAAACACUCUCUCUGUCCUUCGCAGAGGAGCUGCAGCUGCUGGCCUUCUCUCCUGAAGUGAAGCCCAGCAUGGCAGACUCUGCAGACCUCAGACAUGAGGAAUGUGAGGCUGAGGAGCCGCUGAAACCUCUGAGUCUCCCAGAAGAGCAUCACACCAAAAGGUGGGCGGGGACCUUGGAGACAGCCGUCCAGAUAGCUGGAUUAUUUCUGCUCUUCAUCUUCUUCCUCAUUGUUCUGGGUUUUUUGGCUUCAGGAAGCUUUAGAGGGAACUUUUUCUCCAUCAACACCCUGUGGAGCGGCACUCGCCUGAUGCUCCAGCCGUACUACAGUGUGCAUUAUGGGGCCUUGCCUCCAAUUUGAUCUCAACACUCCUCUUAUAAACACCUAAUCUCCAUGUUUCUUGUUUGUGCUUUAUGGAAGCUGAGGGGAUUAUUUUAAAUAUUUUAUUUCUGUAAACCACCGGCAUUUUAAAGUUUUUCUUUGUGUUAGGUUAAAUUCUAGAAAUGAUAACAGUAACAGUCUAA